AUGCCGGCGUGGCAUGCCGCUUCUCUCUCUCUAUUUUUCCCUUUUCCUUUGUUUUGCUUUUUUACCUUCCUGUUGGUAGAUACUCGUGGCGAAAAGCCGAAAAUGUCGGCGGAUGCGCAGGCCAUCGCCUACUUCUGGGACACCCUGCUUUACACCAUAACGCCCGCGCAAACCACGGCGAAGCAGCGAAGGCGGCAGGCAAGAAAGUCUGUUUUUUGCUGCUCGAAUUCUGACAGUCGGCCUGCGAAUUUUUGGUUUUGUCGUUCGCCGCAGCUGAAUCGGAAGCGGAAGCGGAAGCCGGAGGCGUUGACGAUGCAGCAGCGAAGGAAGAAAAAGGUGCACUUUUCCGAUGAAGUUGAGGUGAUCCUCAUUGACCGACGGAUUCAACCUAUGUACUGA